GCUGGUUUGCGGCACACUCAGUUGAAACGACAGAAAGAGGAAACAGGGGAGAAGAUUCUAUGCAGAUUGGAACGUCUCUGGGAGACAGCAUUAAUAAAAGGUCAGUCGUUUGAUUAUUACAGAUAUUUUUACUUAUUUCAAAACACAACAGUGUGUGAAAAGUUUUGUUUUCAAGUAAAGGGACAGCUUUUUCAGCUCAGUUCAGCUGAAAUCUAAAGAAUUACAGUUAUUUGUUUUUCUAAUUUGACAAAUAGGCUAACUUUAUCUUUCUAAUGGGACAAACACUGAAGCCAACAACAAGAUAUUCUUGACAACUCAUAGGGUAAUCGUCAGCGUAUAGUCACAGAAUAAUAAGAAACUAUGCAUUUUAAUGAUGAAGUUGGACUUUGGAAUUUGAAAAAAAUAAAAUCACAUGAAUAAAAAAGCAUCUAGCGACCACCAGGUAGACGCUACUAAAGUCAGGUGAUGAGUUAAUAAGAUAUUUGGUGAAUUAUGAAAGCUGUCAUUGAGGCUACUUCAAACUGUGAACCAUAUAUUGAAUAGAAUAUUAGUUCCUCUGCAAUCACAUACAAACAUUCAGUAAUCUCACCACCAUGACCACCACCACGUAAGUGUUAAGUGAAGGUGAGAAUGUGUGUAGUUUUCCACCACACAGAUCUCUAUGUUGAUCUCCCCAGCAACAUAUCCUGUUUCCUGCUUGAGAAAGUUUGUGUCUGUCCUCAGUUGCAGAAGUCUUCCGUGUGACCUAAUGAUGACAUCAAAUAUCACCACCGCAGCUGCUGCUAUCAAGUCGAGCUCGAUGCAGCUCUCUGCCCAGGUUGGAACUGGCAUCCUGCUACUUGCCUUCAUUCUUGGCUUCCCAGGCAACCUGCUUGUGGUCUGGUCAGUCAUCUGUCGAGUGAAGAAGCGUUCAGUGACCUGCGUGCUCGUGCUGAACCUGGCGCUGGCCGACGCUUUUGUGCUCCUUGGUGCUCCACUUUUCCUGCGAUACCUGGCAGGAGGGCGGGGUUGGGAGUUCGGCUCGGCAGCAUGCAAACUGAUCCAUUACCUGAGCAGCGUCAACAUGUACGUGUCCAUCUACCUGAUCUCCCUGAUGAGCAUGGACCGCUGGCUGGCCGUCACAAGGCCCUUCAUGUCUCAGAGAAUGCGAACAAAGAGGUCCCUGCUGAUGAUUCUACUGCUCGUCUGGGUCAUGGCCUUUGUUCUGUCGGUGCCUAUGCUCUUCUAUCGCAGUGUUCAGAUUCUACCACGUGGAAACUUCUCAUUGAACAUUUGCAUUCCAUACCACCCAAGCGGUGUGGGUCACAGGGUGUUCCAGUACCUGUUGGAGACCAUCAUGGGCUUUGUGGUUCCCUUUGCCCUCAUCAACACCUGCUACUCGUCCGUCAUCUGUCGGCUGAGGAGCGCAAAGUUCCAGCAGAGAGCACAAGGCAGCCGUCUGAUCUUGAUGAUCAUCAUCGCUUUUGCCCUCUUCUGGUUGCCGUAUCAUGUUGUCAACAUCUUGGAGGUGAUUGGCCUCCUGCAGGACAACCGGAACGUCAUCGCUGCAGCAAAAGCUGCGCGUCCAAACGUCACGGCCUUCGCCUACUUCAGCAGCGCGGUCAACCCUAUUCUUUAUGUUUUUGCGGGAAGCUCCCACAUCCGCCAGGCAGGCUUCAGCUUCAUGGCCAAACUGUUUGACGCCACCUACUCAGAGAGCAGGACCACGUCCACCUUCACGCGCAGCGGGCGCACCGGUUCCACCCCAGACGAGAGCACCGUCCUACACAGCCUGUCCGUCAAACUGGGAAAGCCUUUUAAAGGGAAGAGCAAAGACAGAAACGACAGUGUUGCUGAAAGAGAGAUGAAUGAAGGCCAAACUCUGGCCACCCUUGAACAGUCGGACUAAUUCAAGGUCUAUAAGUGCACAUGCAAGUAGAACGUUCGUGAUGUAUGUAGACUUCCCUCAUCAUUAUUGUACUUGCUCAUUACAUCCAUUUAUUUUGUGCACCUUACAUACUAAUUUAAAUUUUGUCUUUGAUGGUGGACUUUGUACAGUUUAAGUGGGCAGCAAUCUAUGUAUAAUGGAAUGUGAACUCGUUGAAUGAAAGUGAAGCAUUGUACUGAUUUUUUCAUAGCAACAAUCAGUAAUCCAUCAUUGUGGUACAAAAAACAAAAGCUGAAUGAAGUUAACUGUUUAUUUAAAAAUUCACAUCAAACAAGCAUUUUUUAAUGUGUAUUGAUUGCGAUGUAUAUUUUUUCAAAAUUCUCUAAAAUGUGAUUUUUGUGUUGGCUGUUUUUGAGUGUGUAUGUGAAAUGUAUACCAGAAAAUGUUUGAUAUGGCGUGAGAAGGAACAAUUCAUGUUGUGGAAAAUGAAAUCUUCCUUAUUCACUUGUUUCUAUGACGACCUUCUAUGGGUAGGGGAUGAAAUGUGUCCAAAGUCAUGAAGGAAUUGGCUUCCAUUAGUUGUCUGCAUGACAUCAAUGAAUUGUGUUAUCUUUGUUUUAUACUUGUGUUCUGAGCUCUGAGA